UUAUCUGUUACCAAUCGUGCUCACCACCCUACUGCUACUUUUUAUCUGUUGCCUAGAUAGCGUGAUCACAAAAAAAACUUUUUUUUUUUUAAAUAUAAUGUCUUCGAUGUUUAAGAAUAAUCUUUACGUAUAUGGCGAUGAAAAUAUUCCAGUUCCCUCACAUUUGAAUUUCGGCAAAUAUAUAUUCGAUUGUAUAAAAAAAUAUUGCAAAAGUAAUGAAGUAGCAUUGGAAAACUCUCUUUCCGGGGAGAAAAUUUCAUACAAGGAUUUGAUUGAGUAUGCAGUGAAUGCUGCUGUUUUCCUGAAAGAUUUGGGAGUGGAAAAUGGACAAACUGUCGGUAUCGGCAGUGAAAAACGAAUACAGUUCUUUUCCACCGCCUUGGCUGUGGUGUUUACUGGCGCAACUUAUACUCCGCUUGAUUUAGACACUGGGAGAGCGGUCUUAGAGCAUAAGCUGAAUUUAUCUAAGCCUAAAUAUUUCAUAUGUUCUCAAAUAUUUUGGGAAACAUAUCAGGAUAUUUUAAAAGAAUGUGAUUUCAUUCAACACUUGAUCUGUUUUGAUGAAAAUGACGAUAUAAAAGUAUCGUUAAAGACGCUGCCGAAAGUGGCAGAUGUGGCCAAUUUUGAUCCUCCUGCAGUACAGGGUCAAACAGAUACCGCAGUCAUUAUGUAUUCCUCGGGCACCACCGGCAUGCCAAAGGGAGUCCAACUCACGCAUUUAAACUUUAUUUUGAACUGCCAGCCAUAUGGUUUCGAGGACGAGUCUAUGAAAACUAUGUUUAUAAUAGGAGAAUGGUUUCACGUUUACGACACAUUGCUGACAUAUAUGUAUUUGACUCUCGGGAGAAAAAUUGUGUUUGUAGACGAUUUUACCUCUGAAAAUAUGAUGAAGGCUAUUCAGAUAUGCAAGGUUGAUCUGGCUAUGUUAGUGCCGUCUCUCGUUGGCUACAUGGUCAAAUCAGACCUAGCAAUAGAACAGUAUGACCUGAGUUCAUUAAAGUUCAUAUUUAGUCGUGCAGCUCCUCUAGGCAGUCAAACAAUUGAUUUUCUCAAAAAAAGAUUGCCGACACUAAGGGACGUAAUACAAGUAUAUGGCAUGACUGAGUCUGGCUGCUUUACAUCAGAGAGAUUUGGUGUCAAAGGACCCAAAAGUGGAAGUGUUGGUGCGGUUUAUCCCGGAAUAACUUUGAAGGUAAUGGAUCCAAAAACGGGCGAAACCCUAGGAGCCAAUCAGCGCGGAGAAAUACGUGUGCGCGUUGGCCCUCUUUUCAUGAAGGGUUACAUUGGAAUGGAUCGGGCAACGUAUAUUGACGAAGAUGGCUUCUUUUCAACUGGAGACUUGGGAUAUUACGAUGAAGACAAAUACUUUUAUAUCGUCGGCAGACUUAAAGAGAUUAUAUUCUAUGAUGGAUAUAAGACGGCCCCAUCGGAGCUUGAGACUAUCCUGGAGCAACAUCCGGGCGUGCGCGAGGCGGGUGUCGUGGGCAAGCCGGCAGGAGACAUCGGGGAAGACCCGGUAGCCUUCAUUGUCCGACAGCCUGGCACUAACGUCUCUGAGCAGGAGCUCAUAGACUACAUAGCUACAGCGGUACCGCCUUACAUGCAUCUGAGAGGCGGCGUCAUAUUCGUUCCAGUAAUACCCAGAAACCAGACGGGGAAAAUCAUACGUCGUCGAUUAAUGGAAAUGUUGAAAGCAGGGCAAUAAAUUAAUACAAAAUAAAUACUAUAUCCUCUAGCCACCUGUAAAAGUUUUUUCAGUUCCAAUAUUUUUUACUUACUUAUAUGUAUAUAAAAAAUAGGUUGCUAGAGUAUAAUAUAAAUAGUUAAGUAAUGUAGUUACUUUAUUUAUUUGGUAUUACAUAUUGUACCUACUUAUUUCAUAAUUAUAAUGAUGUCACAAUCCCAACAAUAAAAUUCAUCACUUUCAUCACGUUUA